AAGUACUUAUUGAUUGCAGGAUAUAAUAGAAUAAUAUGGAACAUAGAAGAAACAAAAGAAAACCUCUUACACCAAAUCAUUCCUUUAAUUUGAAACUUAAACGUAGAAAUAAUGAACGGGAAAUAAGUUAUUUAAACCAAUAGAUACCAAUAAAAUUCCUGAGAUCAAAGAAUUAGUAUAGCUCAACUAUAGUUUUAAUUAUGGUAUAAGGAAAUUGUAAAAUGAAAAUUUUUCACAUGCCACAUGUACUAUAUGUGCCAUCAUAAUUGGAUGCUAUUAAUUUUCCAUGUGACAAAACACACAUGUAUAUUUUAUUUUUUGGAAAAAAAUACCUUUAAAUUUUUUAAUAACCAGUUACUGUACUCUUUUGCUAAUAUACUAUUAUUUGUCAUUGUUCAGAUUGGUAGAAUUAAUUUAUAAUUAAGAAAAGAAAGUCAGAAAGGCUACACAUAAAUAAGUGUAUAUACAGGGUAGUGCACAUUAUUUCUACCAAUUUCAAAUGACAAGUAAAAGACAGUGAAAAAUUGUAGAAAUUUUAUUUGGCCAUUAAAUGAAAGACCACACAUAUACAUUUAGUAUCACUUAUAGUAUACAGUACAGGUAUCUCUUGCUUAAUAUGGGAUUUGAUUAAUGCUGCAAAAGUAAUUUCGACGAUCCCUUUAUAUACACGGCAGAAGUUUGAAUUAAUCUAUCUUUAAAUUUACCAUGCAAAAAUAUACAAGCAGUGAGAAAUGUUUUCUAAUCAAUAGAAAGUCAUCAUUCCUCCCAAGUAGUCAUGCUGCCAGAGCCUUAGAGCCAGUUUAUUACUCAUAGUCAUGCUUGUAGCUGUUCUACUAUAUUGACAAGUUAUGUUCUUUGUAAACUUUACAGUCCAUCAAUCAUGUUGAAAAAUAACAGAAAUUCCACAACUGGGUCAUUAAAUCAAAAAAAGAAGAGGAAAGUAAUUACAUUAGAUACAAAACUUGAAAUAAUUAAAAGAUUUAAAUGUGUCAAAAGUAAAAGUAAAAUUGCAAGUGAAUUUGGUUUUAAUGAGUCUACAAUACGGACUAUUUUAUCCAAAUCUGAUGAGUAUAGCAAGCAAGGUAAAGUUGCAUCUACAUCUGCAAGUAUGCAAUGUACACGUAACCGAAGUGCUAUAAUGGUUGAAAUGGAAGAUCUGUUGAUUAUUUGGCUGGAAGACUGCAAUCAAAAGAAAAUUCCAAUAAGUGGUUUUAAUAUCAUGGCUAAAGCUCUAAGCCUGUUUUCAAGACUUAAAGAGACUAAAUAUAAAGAAGAUAACUCAAAAUUCACAGCUAGCAAAGGCUGGCUUGAAAAUUUUAAAUCUAGGGCUGGGCUAAAGAAUAUGAAGAUAAGAGGUGAAGCUAAAAGUGUCAACAAAGAUUCUGCAUCUACAUUUCUUGGUGAGCUACAGAAAAUUAUCAAAGAAAAUGAUUAUGAUUACUGCCAAAUUUUCAAUGUAGGUGAAACUGCCCUCUGCUGGAAAAAAAUGCCAUCUAGAACUUUUAUAGCAGAAACAGAUGUAGCACAGCCUGGCUACAAAGUAUCAAAAGAUUGCUUAACUGCUAUGCUUGGAGGAAAUGCUAAUGGAGAUUUUAAAUUGAAGCCACUUAUUGUCCAUCAAACUCAGAACCCAAGGGCUUUAAAAGGAUGUAACAAGAACUCUUUACCUGUAAUUUGGCAGGUGAAUCAGAAGGCUUGGGUUACCCAAAGCCUGUUCAAAGAUUGGUUUAAGUCUUAUUUUUGUCCAGCAGUUGAAGCUUAUUGCAAGAGUAAUAACUUAGCUUUCAAAGCUCUUUUGCUUUUAGAUAAAGCACCUGGUCAUCCAAAUUAUCUAAAUGAUCUGUGUGAGAAUGUAAAAAUUUUAUUUUUUCCACCAAAUACAUCUCUACUACAACCUAUGGACAUGGGUGUCAUUGCAACUUUCAAAGCCUAUUUUUUUAAAAACACAUUCUUAAAGGCAGUAGAAACAACAACAGGGGAAAAUGCGAUUACACUCCCAGAAUUUUGGAAAAAUUUUAAUAUCAAGCAUGCAAUUGAAAACAUAUGUGACUCAUGGGAGCAAGUGUCUUCUAGCUGCAUGAGAGCUGUUUGGAAAAAGCUUUUGCCAGAAUGUGCUAAUGACUUGCAAUUUUUUCAAAAUCCUGUGAACAGCACAAUUGAUGAAAUCAUUGCAAUUUGUGAAGACCUUGGUUUUGGAGGUGUUAAUGCAGAAGAUGUUAAAGAAUUAUUUGAUUCAAAUUCAAAAGAUUUGCAUGAUGAUGGUCUUGAAAUUGAACAAUUAUGUGCAUAUGAAGACAACAAACAAAUAAAAUCUGAAGAUGUGGUUCCAAAGGAGAUAACAAUCAAAGAACUGGAUGGAAUAUUUCACAGUUUAGAAUUGCUUAAGCAGCAAGUAAUGGAUAUGGAUCCAGAUGUUAACCGAAGUAUGCAUGUUUGCCAGGGUAUAGAGAGUCAGUUUACUUGUUAUCGUAAAAUUUAUUCUGAUAAAAAAAAAAUCUAAUACUGUUCAAAUGACUCUUGAUAACUUUUUAUCUAGUAACAGUAACUAAUGUAUGUAACUUAUAAGCAUUUAUUAAUCAUUUAGUUUGCUUUCAUGUCUUAUUUUUCCUAAAAUAGUACCACAUUUUAGGAAAAAUAAGAGGAUUAUUAGUACAGUAGUCAAUCGUAGACAAAUUCUAAUUUUACCAUUGAUUGUAGUACCUUGGUACUCAAAUUGUUUCAGAAGUCUCUUCGAGUAAUGAACAAAUUUUUUUAUAAGGAAUAAUGUAAAUUAGAUUAAUCCAAUUCAGACCUGAGAGCACCCUUAUAAAAGUAUUUUAACUAGAAUUUAACACAAAUUUAACAAGAAGUUUAAAGCCUAGCAUGCAUAAAUCAUAAAAAAAGCAAAAAAAAAUACACAUAUACACUAGAGUGGCAAAAUACACCUAUUGGGUUUGACUAGAAAGUUUUUGCAUGUUUUUAACAGUUGUCUUUACUUAACUUAGAUAUGUGAUUUAAUUAUAACAGUUCUGAAAUUUAACACAUUAUUGCUAACUUGAUAUUGUAUUCUAUGCUUAGAAGUUUAUUUUAAAACUUUUUGCUUUGCAUUUUGUUUGCAUAAAACCAAAUUGAAAUGUCUGCAGAUAAAUUGCAUAUCAGGCAUAUUAUACUUUUUAAGUUUCAUAAAGAAUAUAAUGCUUUACAAACUGAAAAAAUAUUCAUAGUGUUUAUGGGGAAGAGGCUUCUAAACUUUGAAUAUGUCAAAUGUGGUUUUGAAAGUUUCGUUUAGGAACUUUUGAACUAAAGGAUAUAAAACAUAUAGGGCACCCAAAAUCUGUUGACAAAAAGAAAUUAAAGAAAGAAAUUAUUAAAAAUUGACAAAUAACAACUCAUGAACUUGCAAUCAUUCUUAAUGUCAUGAUAACUACAUGCUAUGUAAAACUGGAUUUAAUUAAGUCCAAUGCAUGUAACCAUACCAGAAAUAUCCAGCAAAAGUAUAUUUACUAAAAAUAAAGAAAAUAAAUGUUUUGUGUGUCACUGACAUGUAUUAUUAAAACACUUCAUCCACUUGAAAUUGUUGCAUAACAUGAUGAUUUUGACCGUAUUUUUUGGCCUUCUUCAGGUUAAAAGUUCCGAGA